AUGGAUCAUCUCCUCUUUUUCUCAUUCAAAUCAGUCAUGAAUUCAAAAUCCGCUUUCCUUCUGAUCGUGGUGGCAGUUAGCACCACGGCCAUGGUGCACGGCCACCCUGCCGCUAGCACUCCAGCGGCACGGUUCUGGGAGCAGGCCCUCUCCGGCACGCCGAUGCCGGAGGUGCUAGCUGAUUUUGUUCAGAAAGGAAUGGAUCUGUCACCGCUCGUGGAGCACUACUCUGCACAGCCUAGUAUCGGCAUGUGCACACUCUUCAACACUAUCUGCGACGCGCGCACGGUGGCGGAGACCGGCAUCUUCUUCCACGAGGCCGAGCUACAUCCGGGCAGCACCAUGACCCUGUAUUUCCCAGCGGAGGCGGAGACAGCCAUCCUCCCGCACGACAUCGCCGGCAAGGUCCCCUUCGAGAACCUAAGCGACGUCCUCUCCACGUUCCACAUCUCACCAGGCUCCGCUGAGGCUGCGCAAGUGGAGGACACCCUGCGCAAGUGUCAGCAGCCGCCAAUCGCCGGUGAGAUAAAAGCCUGCACCAUGUCGCUAGAGAGCACUGUAAAGGCCGCCAUGGAGAUGCUCGGCACCACCAUCCAGCAGGGUGGUGGUGGUGGUGACGUGUGGGCGGCCACGUCGACGCUCCCCCGCGGUGGCCUGCUACCACACCGGGAGUACAUUGUCCAGGAGGUCACCAAGCUAGAGGGCACUGGCUACGUGGCCUGCCACAAGGUGCCGUUCCCAUACGCCGUCUUCCAUUGUCACAUCGCACAUACGGGGUAUAUAGGUUACAAGGUCACCCUCCACGGCCGCGGCGACAACGAGGGCCCUGUGGUUUCCUUGCUGGCGUUCUGCCAUUUCGACACCUCCCACUGGAAUCCGGCACACCCGGCGUUCCAGAUACUGAAGACCCACCCUGGUGCCAGUACGUCGGUGUGCCACUUCAUGUCGUAUGGCAAUCUCGCGUUCAUCAAGAAGGCACGCACAGCCUAG